UUUAGUAGCAACGACAACCACAGACGCUCACCAGUAACCACAGUCAUUGCGGUGGCGUCCUUUCAGCCUCUUUGGCCAGACGGAAAAAAUGUGAAGACUUUUAACCUGAAUAAGUGUUAAGAAGCAGCAAAGAUGGAUGUCAAGAAAAAGAACUUCUUGGAGAAUUUGCGACUAAAAACCAAGUUUGGCAACAUGAAGAAGCCCGGCAAGAAGGCACUUGCUAAGCAGGGAAGGAGGCUUGCCCAUCGGCGCAGUAUUUCUGUCCCAGACCUGAGAUUCGUCCCUGGGGAAGCACUUUCUACAGAGCAAGCCUUGGUGUCCACUGUCUCCGAUGCCAUCUUUUUCGGAAUCUCCCCUGGUUUGAGUGAUACUGAUUCUGUUGCAAGUGGAUUGACUUCUGAUGGACCAAUUUUCAUGGACAAACCGAGCGAUCCGGUCCCUGAACCAAGACCUAAAGUUCCCAGAGAUCACACAACUGCUGCGCUAUAUAGAUCAAGUGCACCAGUGACCCUUUAUGAGGAAUUUGGUAAUGAGUUAAAUUUAAGCUCAGAGAAUAAGGCAACAGACUGCUUGUAUGCGCAAGUCGAUAAAAAAGCCAAGGGGAAUGCAUCAAAGUUUACUUUUGACCCUAUUCCUGCACCAAGGUCUGCUUUUAUUGGUGGCAACUUUCUUUCACCAAAACCAGACAAAGUAGAUAAAGGGAGUCUCCCUGGUGAUGAAACCUCAUCAGACAGGGUGCUGUCAUCUUCUGUGGCUGCAGUGUUGGCCAGAGCGAGUUCACUUGGAGAGCAAGCAAAUCCCUAUAUAGAAAAGAAGACUGUAUCAUUCGAGCCUAAAAGGCCGUCAUCUGAAAAGGGGACUCCGCCAACAAGCCGAGAUAAAGCUCUGGUAUUAGAUACUCUGGAUACUCCUGUGGAAAGUGCAGAUGGGACCUCUUUGGACUCUGCCUGUGGCACUCCCAAUGAGGAGGCAGUCAUCAUGCCCUGGACGACGGACUACGAGGAGAUUGAACGAGAACCUUUCUCUCCCCUUUUUACGAAACAGUUCUCCUUGGAGGAGGCCAUGCUGGAAGACGCGCAGUCUGAAGAUGCCCAGGAAGAGAUAGAGCUGUCCAGUGAGCCAUGUGAUUUCUUUGAUGAAAAUCUGCAAGAUCCCCUUGAAAACUCUGUACCAGCAGGUCCUGAGGUUCAGACACCUGCUCCAUUCCAGAGAUAUCUUCUUAACAUUAACCUGAAGCAGGGGAGGAACCUGGUCAUCCGAGACAAGCGCUCCGGUACCAGCGAUCCUUACGUGAAGUUCAAACUUGAAGGGAAGCAGCUUUAUAAAAGCAAAGUGAUUUAUAAAAAUCUGAAUCCACGCUGGAACGAGUCCUUCAGCUAUCCUCUUCGAGACAGAGAGCAUAUCGUGGAUGUCCGGGUGUAUGAUAAAAAUCGCACUGCUGAUGAGUUCAUGGGUGCCAGCACAAUUCCUUUAAAAAAUCUUGAGCUGUACAAAACCUAUGACCUGGAGCUUCAUCUAGAUGAUCCAAAAAGCAAGGAGGCUGACAUGGGGGUUGUUGUUGUUGAAGUUUGUCUUAUGUUUAGGGAUGCGACCAUCAAAAGAAGCCCGAGGUGGCCACAGAAGAAGAACAAGCAGAACCAGGCCACAGCAGCGCAGCGUCCUGCUGAAACACAAAAGAACCAGCUGAAAAACCGGAUGUGGACCGGGGUGCUUGGUAUCUCUUUGGUGGAGGGGCUGGACCUGCCUCAGUAUGGCAACGGGGACGUUUACGUCCGUUUUCGCCUGGGCGAUCAGAAAUACAAGAGCAAGAACCUUUGCAUUCAGGCCAAUCCUCAGUGGAGAGAGCAGUUUGACUUCAAUCAGUUUGACGAUAAGGAACCUCUGCAGGUGGAGGUGUUUUCAAAGAGAGGAAGGAAGUGCGAGGAGUCAUGGGGGAUGUUUGAGAUUGACCUGUCCAGACUUCCACUUAAUGAGAGGCAGCUCUAUACUCAUGUGCUGGACCCUGGAAAGGGCAGGCUGGUGUUUCUGGUCACCCUGAGACCCUGCUGGGGAGUCUCCAUCUCUGACAUCGAAACAGCUACCUUAGAGAAGCCUGAUGAGCGAGACACAGUGGUGGAGAAAUUUAGCUUAAAGAACUCACACAGAAGUGUCAGGGAGGUUGGCCUCCUUCAAGUCAAAGUUGUUAGGGCAAAUGAUCUUCCUGCAACAGACCUUAAUGGAAAAAGCAACCCUAUAUGUGUAGUCGAGCUUGGAAACUGCAAGCUCCAAACUCAGACACUCUACAAAACCCUCAAUCCAGAGUGGCACAAAGCCUUCACAUUUCCAAUUAAGGACAUUCAUGAUGUAGUGGAGUUGACUGUCCUUGAUGAAAAUGGAGACAAAGCUCCAAACUUCUUGGGAAAAGUGGCCAUUCCAUUACUGACUGUCCAGAAUGGGCAGGAGAUCUGUCUGUUCUUAAAGAAAGAAAAUCUGGGAAGUGCAUCAAAAGGAACUAUCACACUGGUUCUCGAUGUUAUCUAUAACAAAGUCAGAGCUGGCAUCAGAACCUUCAAACCGAAAGAGCCAAAACUAACCGAUGAAAAUGCAAAGUUCUCCAAAAAGGUUCUUGCCCAGAAUAUAUAUCGGGUUCGAAAAAUCAGCACAGCAGUUCUGUACACGUUACAGUACAUUAAAAGCUGUUUUCAAUGGGAGAGCACGCAACGGAGUCUAAUAGCCUUUCUGAUCUUCCUUGUGACGGUGUGGCACUGGGAGCUCUUCAUGCUGCCCCUGUUCCUGCUACUGCUCAUUGGCUGGCAAUACUUUCAGCUCUCCACAGGGAAGGCCAGCUCCAACCAGGACCUGGUGAACAUGAGCAUGGGUGACGAUGAAGAGGAGGACGAGAAGGAAGCUGGAAAAAAGGGUUUGAUGGAUAAGAUACAUAUGGUGCAGGAAGUAGUCCUGGUGGUCCAGAAUGUUUUGGAGGAAAUUGCAAACAUCGGAGAGCGGACCAAGAACAUAUUCAACUGGUCGGUCCCGUUCUUGUCAUGUCUGGCCUGCUUGGUGCUGUUUGUGGCAACAACUCUAUUAUAUUUCAUCCCUUUGAAAUAUAUUGUGCUGGUGUGGGGCAUUAACAAAUUUACCAAGAAGCUGCGCAACCCAUAUACUAUUGACAAUAAUGAAAUACUGGAUUUCCUCCAGAGGGUGCCUUCUGAUGUUCAAAAGGUGCAGUACAGCGCGCUCAGAGCGCCCACCAGCCAGCCACGGAAGAAAAAGUAAGUAGCACGGACAUGCUCUCCUUUUGAAUAUGGUAAGACGCCAUCCACCUGACAACAAUGCACCAGUGCCAGCAGAGCCUAUGACCCUGCGCACCCCACCGUACCACCCUAACUCUGCCCCCUGCUGAUGUGGGGCAGUCAGCCAUUCUCUGGCUUGUGUGUUUGCUACCCCCCCUGACAGAGGCUGUGAACUUCAGCGGCUAGGAGGGCAGCACAUGGCACUGUCAAUCACAAGCCUGGAGGUAAAGAAAAGAGAGGCUCAGCCUUCAUCUUUGGAUAAUUUAGAAAAAGAAGGAGAAGCAGCAGGUUUAGCUUACCUUAGACCUCCACUCUAAUAUUUUGUUUCUAACUUGAUGAAACUGAGAAAUCUAGUGUAAGGUGAAGUUAGAUUA